UGUACACUUAUAAUUAGAAGCCAUAUCUCAUAUUCUUUCUUUAAUACAAUCUCAUCUCAUAUUAGCCCUAGCUAGGAAAGUAAAGAAAGUCAUGUCUGACUACGCUACAGCUCGGUGGUCCACUGGCCUCUUCGACUGUUUCUCCGAUUGCAAAAGCUGCUGCUUGACCUUUUGGUGCCCUUGUGUUACUUUUGGCCGAGUUGCAGAGAUCGUAGACAAAGGAACCACAUCAUGUGGAACAAGUGGAGCUCUGUACGCACUGGCAAUGUUUCUGACAGGAUGGGCUUGCUUGUGUUCGUGCUGCUAUAGAUCAAAGAUGAGAGAACAUUACGGUCUCAAGGGCAACUCUUGUAAAGAUUGCUUGAUCCAUAGCUUUUGUGAAGGCUGUGCCUUGUGCCAAAUGUACCGUGAGCUCGAGAACCGCGGCUACAACAUGAAACUUGGAUGGCAAGGAGGUGUGGAGGAGAAAAAUCGUGGGAUGGGAAUGGGUCCCGUUGCUCCAACUGUGCAAGGAGGCAUGACUCGUUAAAUAUAUAUAUAUAUAUUUAUAUAUAUAAUUAUUAGCUUCUUCUAUGUUUAAUAAUAAUUGGUGAAAAUAGUUUUAUUCAUAUGUUGUCACUUUGAAAAAUGGUUGUGAAUUUUCGAGAGAAUGUUAAGUAUAUUUGGAGGUUAUGCUGCAAAGAAUUAUAUAUAAAAAAAAAAGACAAUCAUAAAGUGACUAUAAAAAUAAUGUUAUUCUUACCAAAUAUGUGUAUCAAUUAUGUAUUUAAAUUAAUAUACACUACAAAAAAUCUUAGUUUUAGUCACAACAAAUUUUGUGACUAAAAACAAAAAAAUUGUGACUAAGGAAAAAUCAUUAUACUUAUGUCAUCACUAAAAAGUCCGUGGCUAAAAGUAUUAGUCACAAAGAUCACAAUUUGUUGUCACUAAAUGUAUUUUUAGUCACAACAAAUUUUAUCACUAAAAAUAAUAGGUUGUGACUAAAGCUACAUUAGUGACAACUUGUGAUUAAGUAUGACUUUUUAGUCACAAGUAAUAUUUUGUUGUUACUAAAAGUGACAUUUAGUGACACAAAAUAUAUGUUGUGACUAAAAAGUUGUCACUAAAGGUUACAUUUAUUUGUAGUGAUAGUAUGUACCAGAUUUAUGUUAUUAUCAUUUAUUGUGGUUGUAAUACUUUUAUCACCAUGUAUAAUUAUGUUGAAAUAAUAUUGAAAUAAUAUUUCAGUA